CUUCUCCGCAGUAAUUAUGCCAAAUGUUCUGUAUUUUUUCUUCUUCGAGAUUUUGAAUUCACUCUUCUAAAGUCGGGAAAAUGGUUCGUAAAAAGAAUAAGAGACAUAAUCAAUCCACAUCAUCUGCAACUUCAUCAUCAGCCAAUGAGACCCAGUCCAAAAAUAUGAUAGUAUCGGAUACGGAAUUGCGAGAACUUGUACGUCAAGGUCUAGUAGUUGAUGAAGUUCACGAAGUAUUAUCAUAUGAUCGAAAAAAUAUGCCUUGGGUUGAUAACUUUAUUAAUCUUUCGAUUAAGCUCGAAAACCAAUGCAAUGAUCCAAGAGAAAAAGCAUAUCACUGUUUAAUGAGGGAGGUCUUUAAUAUGAAGGUUUUUCAUGAAGCAUCCAUUCAAGCUGGUCACAUUUCUAAGGCAGAAUAUCUUGGAAAUAAAAUAGACGACCGCAUAGUGGAUUUCAUUAUUCAAAUAGGGGAGGGUAAAAAAGGGUGGUUAAGCCGUGAGUCAGUUGCGACACUGCACAAAGCGACAAUUACAGAAAGAGUGGUAGAUUUGCUUAAUGAUACCAAAAAUAAAGGUCCUGAAGCUCGAGGACAAAUAAUCAUUUUCUAUAGAUAUAUGUGGUCCUGUACUCCUGUUCUUUCAAAAUCACGUGGGUGGCUUAGAUAUCAUCCAGGGCCAAGAUCUUAUGAAGAUAUUUUGCAAAUCUUUGGGGCAGAUCGUGGGUCAGAUCAUGGUGUCAAAUCAAUAAUUAUUCCGGUAGUGAUAUUCCCUUUUUUUCCGGAAAGUUCUGGCAUAAUUUCUUAUUUUUUUGCUCGAGAGUUUUGGAAUUAUUUCCAUUUGUGGAUUGAUUUUCUUUUUGGCAGUUUUAUGAUUUACAAGGGAUCUCCGGACAAACGGUACAUUUUUAUUUAACAUAUUGGGAUUAGUACAAUGAUGAAAUAAGGGGUCCAGGUACGUAAUUACUUGUGAAUAGAUAUUAUUGGUUUGAAGUCUGGAUGAAGUCUGGAUGAAGUCUGGAUGAACUCUGGUUGAGAUUGCGC